UUCUGCUUCUUGCCCGAAAAGUCACUAGUUUGUCUGUUUUUUCUGUCGUUGAAUGAGAGAUGCAUAUCGUUUCCUUCUUUUUAUGACUGUAUUCCCAUUUUCUCCUUCUUGGCCUCGCCUUUCACCCGUUCCUCGUCAACGGCCGCCACUAUUCUCUGCUCCAGGAUUCAAACUUGGCCGCAUUAGACGAAACGUUGCGGCAAUUUUCAAGUACCCAUCUCGUUUUUGUUUAUAUACGAGAGAUCCCAACUCGAUCACGCUGCUCAGAACAGGAAAACCCGAUCAUGGGUAAGCUGAAGAUCAUCUUCUCUCCGAUGAGCUUGUUCUGCACAAGAGUCGAGUGGGCUCUAAAACUGAAGGGCCUCGAGUACGAGCUCAUUGUUGAAGACUUGCGGAAGGGGAAGAGCGAAUUGCUUCUGAAGUCGAACCCAGUGCACAAGAAGAUCCCGGUGCUUUUGGACGAUGGGGUCGCGAUUGCAGAGUCGAAGGUGAUUCUGGAGUACAUUGACGAGAAGUGGAAGGGAGGUGAUUAUUAUUCGCUGUUGCCUCAGGACCCUUAUGAGAGAGCUCAAGCUCGUUUCUGGGCUCAGUUUGCUGAUGACAAGUGUGUCUUCGGCGCUGGGGAAGCCUGUCGUGCUGACGAUGGGCUGGAAAAGGAGAAAGCAGUGGAGACUACAAUAGAGUCUUUCGCGUAUCUAGAGAAGCAGAUCGAGGGGAAGAAGUUCUUCGGGGGAGAGAAGAUAGGCUACUUGGAUCUUGUGGCCGGUUGGAUCCCGUUUGUCCUCGGCGUCUUGGAAGAAGCUGGAGGCAUGAAGAUAUAUGAUGCUGAGAGGUUCCCAUCCCUUCAUGAAUGGGCACAAAACUUCAGCGAAAUCCCGCUGAUUAAGGAAUGUGUUCCACCUAGAGAUAUGCUGCUUCACAAUAUGACUGCGAGGCUGAGCAACUUGCGUUCCUUAGCAGCGAACAAACCAUAAAAUACACCCUUCAUUUAGAUUAGUGGAGUUAGACAAUAAGCUGGGAAGGCGAGAUGUUUUCCCUCGAAGUGUUGCUCGCGUAUUUUUCCCCUGUUUUCCACUCUUAUACUUGUAACCUUCUGAUAUGGCGCAAUAAUAUGUUUUUUUUUCCUUAA